CGAGGUCGGGCAAAGUGCACUCGGCGCGGAUACCUGACUCCUGCACAGGCUAUUUUAUCAUGUAUUGUGCAAUAGCCUAGCCUUAGCUAUCAUGUCGAGUAAAAGGCCGAAGCGACGCUUGGACAAACAACCGGCUGGGUCUCAAGAAAAAAGUGAGAAUAAUAUUGUGUCAAGGGAUGCCGAUGACCGCAAUGAUAGCGCUAGCUCGUGUUCAAACUCUAGCAACUCGUCGUCAUCGGGCAGCGAUGGUUCGGACAAUAACGUCAGACAAGCCAGCAGUAAUCAGGAUGUAAGCUUACGGUCUCCAGAGGCUUCCGAGGAUGAGGUCGAGCAGCCGCAGACCGAGGAGGAGGCAACGGAGGCGCUCCGGAGCGCCUGGCAAUUCGCUUGCACCGUGCAGUUCGCACGUUUGUUCGCAAAGCCUUUGCAGUUGCGAAGCUUCUCCUCUGACCUACUGGAGGAAGCCCUGCUGCGACCAGCUGAACACCAGGCCUUCCUAGCUGAGCUGGUCUUCAAGCUUGCUCGCCCCGACGCCUCCGCGCCCUACCUGGAGCGGGAUGCGGAGGCGCAGUGGGAGGCGCUGCUGCGCGGCUGGGCGGCGCGGCACUGGCGGAGCAGCGGGCUGUUCGAGCGCAACCCGCUGACACGGAGGAGCUUUGGGGAGGUGUCAGCGCUGCGGAGGGUGCACCUGCUGUACGCGCUGUGCGAGUGGCGGUCGCAGGAGUGCACGGCGGUGCGGGAGGCCGUACGAACCAUGGCGGAGUCUGCCGACUCGGACGGCGCCGCUGAGGCCCUGCGGCCGCAGCCCCUGGGCGAGGACAGCCGCGGGGGGCGCUACCACUACUUUGGCGGAGCAGCCUUCGAGGACUGCUACCUGUUCAGGGAAGACCCGCCCCGCAGGCAGCAAAACAAGCGGAAGAGUGCCGCCGCCGGCACCGCCAGCAGAGCCGACGGCGGCAAUGGCACCAGCGGUGCCAACGAGGGUGAUGCGGGUUGGUGCACAGAAUGUACGACACUGGAGGAGAUUCAGGAGUUGUCUAGCCGGCUGUGUGGCUCACGCAGCCGGACGGAUAAGGCCCUGCAUGAAACGCUGGAGGAGCAGAUCCUGCCCAAGCUAGCGGCUGCCGAGGCGGCCCGCAGACGUGCACAGGAGCGCGCAGCGAUGAUCAAGAAGCGCUCGGGGCGCCUGCAGUCCCUGCAGCGGCGCAAAGAAGAGGAGGAGGAGGCCAAAAAGGCUAAGGCAGAAGAGGAGCAGAGGCAGAAGGAGGAGGAGGCGCGGGAGAAGGAGCGGCUGCGCAGGGAACAAGAGCGGGAGCAGCGGAUCAAAGAGAUGGAGGAGGCUCGCCGCAAGUUCCUGGGCUCCAUUGCAGCCGUGCCCUCGGGCCCCACGCGCGAGGAGCGCAUGCGUAUGCGGGAGGGGCGGCGAGGAGCCGGGGAGGAGCGGCGGUCGGCUUCACUCGAGCCCACUCCCUCCAAGGAGAACACCCCGCAACAGCAGCAGCAGGGCCCAUCGACUUCAGCUGCUGCUGCUGGCGCCACUGCAGCAGCAGCAGCUGCCGCCCAGGCCAGCCCCCCCGCUCCCACCCGCGUCUCAGCACGCAUCAAGCAAGCGCAUCAAGCAGCUCAAGCGGCGGCGGCAGCAGCUGCUGCUGCUGCCGAGGCUGAGGCUGAUGACUCUGAAACCGAGGCUGAGGCUGAUGCUGAUGCUGCUGCAACCGAGGAGUCCGUUCCGAAGGGAGCCCGAGGAGCUGCCGCCGCCGCCACCGGUGCCUCGAAACCCGCAGCACUGGGCGGCAACAGGUCCGAUACAAGGCCCCACCGCCAGACAGGGAGCAACACUAGCGGUGGAGGUCGGCAAGCCGGCUCGGACUCCGAAUCCGGAUUCGAAUCUGCAGAAUCGGAGUUUGAAUCGGAGCGGGGGACGCCGGCCCGGCAGGGGAGUCCGCAGCAGUCGCCACCACGCAAGCGGGCGCGGACUCAUGCAGGGGAGCAUGCGGCGGGCUGGUCGCCGUUGGAGGGGGUGGCUGUUCCGAGGGGCGAGCGGACCUCGGAUGCGGAGUUUUACCGGCCGCGUGGCAACACCACGCUGCUGCUGCAGGUGGCUUGCGGCAACACGGCGGAUCUGCCGUACCGAGUCUCAGCGGCCGCGCGAAAGAUGGCGGAUCAGGAUCGGCGUGCAGCGGCUCGGAUGCGUGUACGAGGCGAGGAGCAACCGGAGGAGGAGUCGGUUAUCCCGCAACAACACCCACCGCUGCCGCUGCCGCAGUCGUCACUGCCGGCAUCAUUACCGCAGCAAAUGCAGUGGCUGCAACAGGUUCAAUCGCAGCACCCGCUGCAACAGCUGUCGCAAGCCUCGCUGCUGCCGUCGCUGCCGCCACUGCAGCAAGCCAAGACGAGUCCACGUUCGCAGGCAUCUCAACACCAGCAACAGCAGCAACAAGCGCUGCAGUACCAGCAGCUACAGCAGUGGCAGUUGCAGCAGCAACAGCUUCAACUGCAACAGCUGCUGCUGCUGCAGCAACAGUACCAGCAAGCAGGGCCUCAGGUUGCGGGGUUAGCCACUGGGGCAGCAGCGAUGGCCGCGCUUCAGACCGGGCCGGGCAUGUCUCCCAUGCUGCUCUCCCUGGGAACAGCACCGGCGGCGGCGGCGGUAGCGGCAGGAGGAGGAGGAGGAGAUGCACCGGCGGCUACAUCGCUAGCAGCGGCGGCAGCGGGACCGGUGACGGAAGCGGCGACGGCGGCAGCGGCGAGGGGUCGAAGAGUUACGUCAGGCGCCGCUUCCUCGCCGCCUGGCAGGCCUCAGAGGCAGCGUCGGCCGCCCCGCCGCAUGGCGUCUUUCUCCGACGAUGGCCACGAUGAGCAUGAUGCGGGUGCCCAUGCUCAGGCGGCCGGCGGCGGCAGCGGCAGUGCGGACGAGGGCGCUGACAUGGCAGGAGAGGAGGAGGAAGAGGAGGAGCAGGCACGUGGAAGGCCCCGUAGUCGUCGAAGCAGCGGGAGGAGCGCUGCCAAGGGGGGUCGAAGGCAUGUCGGCGGCGCGGGUGCUGGUAGCGUUGGCUCUCCGCGUGCUAAGCAGGGGCGGCAGGUGGCAUCCGCUGGCAGCGGUGGGGCUGGAGGGGUUUUAGGAGCAGGCGAGCGUGGCAGCGGCGGCGGCAGGGCAGGGCACCUGCAAGAGAGUGUGCUAGCGGCGGCGGCACAACAACCUCCGCCGCAGCAUCUGGAGCCCAACACAGCCCAGCAGCAGCAGCAGCCACAGCCGCUGCUACAGCCACAGCCGCAGCAGGCAGGGGCACCGGCCGAGGUGGCGGCACCGCUGCCCAGCCAGGCACCGGCUCUAAUCCCUGUACCCGGGCUUCCUGAGGGACAGGGGCCUCAGGGACAGCAGGAACCGCAACAGAACCCGGGGGAGCAGCAGCAGCAGCAAGAGCAGCUGACAGAGCAGCAAGCACCGCAACAGCAGCGGCUGCAGCAGCAGCACCACGUGAAGGAGCCCACCCCACAGCUACCCCUCGGCCAGCAAGAGCAGCAGCAGCAGCAGGCGCAGGCGCCUCUGCAGCCACCGGAGGAGGAGGAGCCGCAGCGGCAACCCCAGCCCUCACCACCGCCCCCAGACCAGCCGCCAUUAGACCAGCAGGCAGAGCAGCAGCAGCAGCAGCAACAAGCGUCCGCCGCUGCUGCGGCUGCUGUUCCGGCCUCAGUGUCCCCGGCCCCAACCCCACCAACAAGCGACGGACUCCCGUCAACAGCCGGUGCUGUUCAGGACGUUGCUUCUUUCCCUGCUGCGAACGCAGUGAUGCCCGGCGUUGCUCCCAUCGCUCCACAGCUCCUGCAGCAGCAGCAAGUGCAGCAGCCAGUGCCUCAGGAGCAGGAGCUAAAGCACGAGCAGGAUCCAAGUGAGGAGCAGCAGCAGCAGACAGAGGAGCCACCAGUGCCAGAUGUACCCCAACAGGUACAGCAGCCCGCAGCAGCAACACCGGCGCAGCCCUCGUCCCAGGAGCAGCAACAACAACAACUGCAUGCGCCAAUCCCUUCGGCAAAGCAACAGCCAACUGCCGCUGCAGAAGAGCCUGUUAAACAGGAGUCGCAGCAGCAGCAGCAGCAACCGGCACUGCUCCGUACAACACAGCGCGGUAAAGACGCUCCACAUGAGCCGCCGACAGCGCCAUCCGAGCAGAAGGAGGGCGCAUCCUCCUUGCCGCCGCCGCAGCAAUCCAUCGCCUCAGCAGCAGCGCAAGUGUGCCAGGAGGAGCCGCAUCAGCCGCUGCUCUCUCCCAUGGCCCAGGCACAGCAACAAGAAGAGACGUCAGCUUUGCUGCAGCCACAACAGGAGCAGCAGCAGCAGCCGGCUGUUGUGCCCCUGCCUGGACAGGCGGUGCCGGCGCCCGUCGCACCCCAGCCGCAGCAGCCGCAGCAGUCUGCUACGCUGCCGCAGCAUCCACUGCCUCAACCUUCCGAGUCGCAGCAAUCUCCGCAGCUGAUCCAGCCGCCUGCAGUGCCUGAGAUUCCAGCGCCCCAGCAGCUGCCCCAGCUGCCUGCGUUGCCGCAGCCAGCGGCACCGCAGCAGCAGCAGCUUGCGGUUCCAUCGCCGCCGCAACCCUCCCAACCGCAAUUACCGCAACCACAAUUACCCCAACCGCAGCCGCAGCAUACAGUGCCUGGAGAGCCUCAAGCGCCCCAACUUACUCAAUCCCCUCAGCAGCAGCAGCCGCAGCAGUUGCCGAC